GUCGCAGAAAAGUUGCUUAUUGAGAUUUAUCAUCACUGAGAUAUAUCCUUUAGAGAAUCGGCGAUUUCUGUUAUAGCUAUAUAUGGAUUUGUUUUAGUUUAAUGGUGUCUGGGCCUCUCUUGUUUGUAAAAGAGGUGCUAAAAUAAUGAUGGCUUCUUUAGCGUCUGCAUGGAUUCCAAGACCGUCUCGCCUCACAAUCUCUCCCUCCUCUUCUUCUUCUUCUUCUGCAAAUUCGAGUUCGGUGAAGCUUUGCGUGUUUUGCAGAGCUCAAUAUGCUGCAGAUGACCUCAAAUUUGUGUUGCACGACGCCAUGGAUUCUUCUGGAAACGAUACCGCACAUGCCCGAGUUGCAAGGGAAGGUUUCUGCUCGGAGAUUAAAAGAUUAUCUGAUGUUGAGAGGGAAACAAGCAUUAGCAUAAACAGAGGGGUGGAUUUGGCUAAAACAGCUCUUUACAUAGCAGCAGAAGAUGAUUCCCUCGUCUCGCACUCUUCAGUCGCCCUCCCGGUGGAUGCUUUCAUUGAGAGGUUGGAUGAUCUUUCUAUGGGCUAUUGCUCUCACUAUAGCUCUUCCUUCAGGUUGUCCCCAGAGAACUUCUUGGAGAGUCUGGACAGAUACUUGUACAUUAACAAGGGUUUUCGCCGAACCAAGGCAGGAAUUCGAGCAGAACCAAGGGCUCUGUAUCUUCAUUCAGUUUUGACCCAUCGUUCAGGCUCUGCAGUUAUGCUUUCCCUCAUUUACUCAGAGAUCUUGAAAAUGCUUCGGUUAUGGAGUGUAUUGGAUUUUGAUGCGGAGAUUUUUUUCCCUCAUGAUCUUUAUAGUCUUCCAAGGGGCUAUCAUAAGCAGAGAAGCAAGGAAUCUGAUCAGCCACAUAUAAUGACAUGUCAAACCCUGUUGAUGGAGACACUGAGAAACUUGAAAGAAGUUUUCUGGCCAUUUCAACAUGAUCAUACCAGGAGUUUAUUCCUAAGGGCAGCGCACGCUGCUAACUGCAUUGACAGAUCAAAAUCCGUUGAAGAAAGUGGUUUUGAGCUGGCCUCUGCAAAGGCUGCUCAACAUAGGCUGGAACGUGGUGUUUGGACUACUGUACGGUUUGGGGACAUGAGGCGUGCAUUAUCUGCAUGUGAACGUCUUGUUCUCCUGGAAACUGAUGCCAGUGAGUUAAGAGAUUAUAGCAUUCUGCUUUACCACUGUGGAUUAUAUGAGGAAUCAAUGCAAUUUCUCAAAUUAUAUCAGGACACAAAGGAUCCUUCAGUGCAGAAGCAGGCAUCCAAUUCAAUUAGCAGCUUGGAGGAAGAUGCGGUGGAGAAGCUAAUGAUACGCCUCAACCUCAUUUUGAUGGAGGAAGGUUGGAGCAGAUCAUCAUAUGUCACAAGUUUCUUUACUAAUAACUCUGAACCAUGGUAGUGUUUCAUAUGCAAUCAUGCAUAAAAAAUGCAAAAUAACCUAAAGAGAGAAUUAUCAAACAAAACCCUUUAAAAAUUUGAGUUGAUUACACGAUUAUCUCCAUUAUUUAAGAUACUGUGCUUUAAUUUCUGCUAUUCAAUAUAUCUGUUAGCCAAUUCUAAAGAAAGCACUCAGGACAAUUAUGUCUCAACCAUCUGUGACCUCAAAAAAAAAAAAUGUAAAAAUAACAAAGUUGACAUGAUUAAAACCGUUUGAAGAUCUUCAGAUAGGAACUCUGUUUAGUGAUGUUAAUUUUUUCAUUUUUACUAUUUUGGGUGACGUAACAGUUGGUUGAGACAUAAUUAAACUAGGUGUGAGCUUUUAUUUGGCUAACUGCAGGACAAAGAUCAAAGCGGAGUAUUUGAAAUAAGGAGAUGAUUUUUGUGCAAUUUACUCAGACUUAGGGACUCUGUACACUGAUGCGGUGGCUCAUAGAUUAUGGUCCCUUCCAUGAGGAGAAGCAAAGCCCUACCCAAAAAUUUUGAGAUCCAAUGGAUUUUAUUUUAUUGUGAAAUGUUUAGUUCCUCAUGGGGGAGUAGGGUUCCAUUGAUGAGUCAAAAUUGAAGCACACUGCAUAAUAGAUGUUGAAAGACUAUGGAUAUGAUUCUUCUCAGAUUUGAUGACAUCAUUGAAAUAGAAGUUUUUGUUGGUGUACUGAUGACGAAAAGAAUCAUAUGAACAUCUGUAAAUAUUCACCGUGUAUUUUAGAUGUUGGGAUGUAUUCUUACUUGAUAUGUUUAAAAAUGUUGAAAUUCUAGAAAUGGAGUGGUAUUUUCUGAUCUUUUAAAAAUGGAAAAUGUGAAGCGAAAAAUAUGUUUCCACC